AAGAAUAAUGUAUAAAAAGAAAAUAGUGUGAUAUAUGGUACCUAUUUCGAAUUUAAAUUCUAUUUGGAGAAGAGAACGCAAGUGGCGCUAGUAGUUUCCGCGUUUUUCGCGUCGGUCGGUUUGAAUUCGCGUUUUGUUGCACGAAAUUGUGAAAAUUAUAUAGGAAAGUGACUUCAAUUACCAUAAAUCUUUCUCAAAGAGUGGUUAAAAGGUUUAAUUCAACUACUGGAGCAAUAUAACAGGAAUAAAUCUAAGUGGAAUGAAGUAGGAAAGAAGUAGGAAGAGUAAAGCAGCCGUUAAUUUAACAAAAUGGAAAGCAUUGUCGUAGGACCAAGUAAUUGGUUUCCACACGUAUACACUGAACGAAACGACUCAUACGGAACGCGAGGAAGACGAAAUCCUGACGGUGAAAUACGAGGAUGGUAGAUGGUCGAAACCCUACUACGAUUGCGGCGGUGGAAAUAUUUGGAUGUUGACCUACACUGUUCCCUUUUUCGGAUAUGUCAACGACACCUACUUUUUCAAAGGGACAAGUGGAAUAGACAUUGAUCUACGCAGACUUGACAUAGAUCAGUGCCCCCUGCCACCAGGAUCCACUCAAUUGAACAUCUUUGCAGCCAGUGACAAAUGCAAGAAACGCACCACCGAGUGCAUCGCCAUCCCAGGACUUGGGUUCCGUCGUGGAAGCUACCGAUGCAUCUGCAAACGUGGCUUCUAUUACCCGGACACCAAGUCCAUCAAUCGAUACUACAAUGGCACCGUGAUCGAGGAAGAGUACGAGAAAUUGAUGAUGGGUGAAGAGAAUCAGUACGACGUGGAUGGCGUGUUCGAGUGUCUCCCCUGUGCUGAGGGUUGCGAGUCCUGUGAGGACGAUUCACCGUGUGUGGUAUCCUUGAACUGGUUGAUGAGAACUGCUAUCCUCAUCCUGGAAUGCUGCGUCAUCGCCUGCCUGCCCGCAGUCGCCCUUUUCACUUGGAAGUAUGGCAAAGUGAAGGUGGUAAGAGCUGCGAGCCCUGUUCUUCUACGCGUUAUUGUACUAGGUGCAUUUUUCAUAUACUGCACGACAAUAGUAAUGUAUCCUCGUCCGAACGUCAUAACCUGUACAGUGCGUGUGUGGUUGAGGGAGAUUGGGUUUUCUCUCACCUAUGGAGCUCUCAUGUUAAAGACUUGGCGAAUAUCGGUGAUAUUUCGAGUGAAAUCGGCGAAAGCGGUGAAGAUAACGGAUGGAAGUCUGCUGAAGCGACUGGGCGUCAUCGUGAUGACAUUCAGCGUGUUCCUGAGCAUCCGCACGCUGGUUGCACCGCCUGUAGUUAUAGUGGCACGAACAGCGGACGACCUGAAGGCUUAUCUCUGCCGGACUGACUGGUGGGAUCACAGUUUCACCAUACUUGAGGUUAUAUUUCUUAUAUGGGGAAUCAGGCUGUGCAUCGUAGUGAGAAAAACACCGUCAGAGUUCAACGAGAGUCGAUUCAUCUCGAUGGCAAUUUACAACGAAUUUCUACUGUCAGUCUUCCUAAACGUAUCUAUGUUGUUCCUGCAGUCGCCAGCCAAUCCGGAUUUACUCUACGUAAUAUUUUUCUGUCACACCCAGUUAACGGUGACGCUGCUGCUGUGCUUGAUAUUCGGCAGCAAGGUCUACGUGGUGUUCCGUAGCGGAGGCAAGGAAGACUCAAAACACUCGGGGGCCACAGGUAAAUUUCUGGGGAAAAGCAGUCGCCCGACGGGCACUAGCAACCAGACAAACUCCAUAUCCCUUCAGCAUGGAAACUUCACAGAUGAAAGCGACGGGGCGACGGAGGAAUUCCGUCGGUUCAUAAUUCAGUUAGAAGUUCUAAAGGAAAAAAACGUUCUACUUGGUAAUCACCACUUAGUGAACAAACUCGCAGCCAUGCAGGAAGCUGCGAAUCGCGUUGAAACACAGGUGUCGACCAUCCAGGUCAUCUCCUGCGGCAUGAGACUGAACGAUCUUAAUGGAUCUACGACAAUCGCCGAAACGGACGUUGGAGGGUCCUUUAAAAAUGAUGUCGAUCAGAAAGGUGGAGAGGUUAGGGAGGAAAAGAAGUGUCAGGCCUGCGUGGAGAAAAAUGGGAUUAGAAGCAAGGACCAGGGUUCUUCCAAGGAGGCUGAAGUCCUAGCUUCUCUGGAGACGAAGAAAUCAACGACGACCAACGAUGUGGCGGUGUCUACUUCCGGUAAACCGGCCACAGAGGACAUUGGAACGGAAACGAAGCACGACGACAAAGAAAGUGAGGUUAGGGAGCGCGACAAGAGUAAGAGCAAAUCCGGCCACGCGAGGACGCAUGCUAUAGUCAUCAAUCUGGACGAUAAAAGCAGAUUCUCUGAAGAAGUCACCGUGUAAAAAUACAAAUAAAUUUGGCUCUGUGAAAACUGAAUUAAAGUUUCGAAUCAAAGUCUUCUAGUUAUUCUAGAAUUCACUGUGAAAGGUGAAACUAACUAAUCGAGUGACUAGAGACACAUGUUCGAGGAAGUGUAAAGCUAGGGAAUUUAGUGCUGAUUUUUUUUGUUAUAACGUAAUAGUGACAUUUCUUUUAUUGAUGUUCCAUUUCAAUUUUCGUGUUUUUUGUCUGUAAUUAAUUGUAGAUCGAAAGUCGAAUGAAUGAUCUGAUUAAGUAAUCAGUGUGGUGUCGACAUGAGAAAAAUUCCCUAGAAUCAGUUUUCAUUUUUUAAUUUGAGCUGGAAUUCUUAAAUAAAUUUUAGUUCUUCGAGAUUUAAUUAUUUCGGUAUUAUUAAAAAUAGUCAGUGAUGUUUCUAGGUGAAUUUAAUAUAUUCUUUUUCUCUGCUCUUCUUGAAUUCGUCUAGAUAACUGCGAUAGGUUUUACUUUUUCCUCUUUUCUUUUUCUCCCUCGAUGCUUUAACCGUUUUGUCGAGAAACUUCGAGGGUAACUUUCUUACAGUGGUUCUGUUUGUAAGAUCCAACCAAAGACAUGCUAAUCGGCCCUGGAUUCCCCCGUUUGCCUUUAUUAAAUUUGUUUCUAACAGUGCAGUCUGCAAAUGUUUCUUGAAAACUUCUCGCCCCCUUUCCUUUCUUCCCCUUAAUUUUUUAAUUAGACGCGCAAGAUAAGGAAAUUUCAACUGCAAACGGACCCUUCUCUUCUAUGGCCCCUUUCUACAGUAAUUGACAGAACAAUUGUCACUGAAUUUCAGUUCAAAUCUGUUGAACUUAUUUUCAUCUUAUUUAUUCAUUUAUAUUCAUUUAUUUUCGUUAAAUUCUCAAAGUUUAUUUAAGUUUUUCUAAUUUCACUAAACCAGCAAAUUUCACUUUCAAUUAGUGAUGGAUCUAUUUUUCAGUUAAAUCAAUUUUCAUGAAAUUUAUCUAAAAUUUCAAAAAUGUUAAAAUUUCCAUUUCGAACAUAAACACUGCCUGCUUUUUCAGAUAAAAUAAACAGUAACUUUCGGUUGGAAUUUUAUCUGUUUAACAUAAGAAAUUAGAAUAAGUGUAGUUUCCUUAUUCCGAGUAAAUGAUUUUCACUUUAAAUUUCGCUAAUUUGAUUAAAGAAAAGUUUCUCGCAUAGUUGUUUUUGAGCGCGGUGAUUUUGUACGAUUAAAUAAAGGUUUAACAAACCUUGCUGUGUAAAUAUAAGUUAACGUACAGCUAGGCACGAAACAUUUUUUCGUGGAUGUUUUCAUCGUUUUAGUGGUAUAAGGAAACUUGUGAUAUCACGGUGACGAGUCUUAUAAAUCGAAAAGAAACAGAGAACUAUAUACGAAACUUUAAUUAGUAAAUCGAACUAGUUUAAACAAGUGGAUACACAAAAAAAAAUGAUAAAAUCUCGGUUUUAUCAAGAACUUAGAAGCUCUCAACGAGGGAAGAAAGAAGAAAAUGGUUAAAGGAACGACAAAAUUGUUUUAGGGGAAUUCCCUAGAUACGACUUUACUUUCCCGCCAUUUCCAACGCGAAGCGCGGGAAACGUUCAGUUUUUAAAAGCUUGAUAUCAUAAAUAGUGCUUCUUAGACGUUUACUGUACGAAAGUUCUCGGUUAUAUCGGAGAUUCUCAAUAGAGAAACAAUGGAAUGAAGUUUUUACAAAGUUUGGAAAAGAACUGAAAGACAUAAGUACGAAGAAACUUGCGUGAUUUCUGGAGAAUGCACCUUCUUCUUCAAACAGCCAUUGAUAAUCCAAUACUGAAUAGAAAAAGUUUCAUUUCUAAGAUUUGGGAUACUCCAAUCCAGAUUUGGGAUUAUUUGAGCUUUUUGAAUGUCUCUCAUUUGAAAUUGUUUUAUUCUUAUUUAUGCAAACUUUGUUAUCCAUUAUUGUUAUUAUUUAUUACGAAUUUUUUGUUAGAAAUUAUUUAUUAUUGUUAUUAUUUAUAUUGUAAAAAAUUGUUUUAUUAUAAGAAAUUAUUCUUUCGUUAUUUUUAUUUCUUAUUUUUAUUUACCCAGAUUUCACUCUGUUAUUUUUAUUUUAUAAUAAUAUAAAAUAUCGGAAUAUAAAAGAUCAGGAAUCACAAAGAAACUUAACCUUAUCGAAUAAUUCUUUCUUAUUCACCGGAAGGCAUUUUUCCCACGAAGCAAAUAUUCAAAAUUUUGGUGAAAUUCAUUCCGAGCGAAUGCAUACGCGGUUCUAUCUAGGAACACGUUUGUCAAAGUUGAUCGAUCGAACCUCGCGAGCCAGCUUACUGUAAAUAUCGUCGUAGCCGCUUAUCUCGAGUCUUCUGCCAUAAUAUUAAGUCGAUUUGUAAAUAAAAUUACUAAGAAACAAAGGGAAUUAAUUAAGAAAAGUACACGAAACCGUUCCAAGCGUAUGAACGAUACAUUACGAUACCGAUUAAAAGUUUGGAAGCAUGAAGGUCUUUUUACAAUUUUUAAUUUUAUUGUUAUUGUAUAAAUUACACGAAAUGCUGAAAAAAACUGCAAAACUAAAGUUUCAAGAAUUAAAAAUUUACUUGACUAAUUUACGUAAAAUAGAUCAGAAACUUUUUUUCAAAUUAUUUCUAUAUUCAGAAAUAUAAAAGCUUUUACUUACAAAAUAAAUGUUUCGUAAUAUAAUUAACAUAACCUCUUUCGUUUUUAAUAUACCAAGAUUAGCGAAAAUCAAGCUAAAAUUCUCCUCAGUUGCCUGAGAUAAACAAAGUAACCUAACCUAUUCACGUAAAAAAUCGUACUGCUUCCAAACUUAGUGUCGGCUCUACGCUCUAGAUCAAGGUCGAAGCUCUUGAAGCUAAAAAAAACCGAAGAACGAUCCGUCGUUCUAUUUCUCGUUCUCUUCUUCUCAUAUCAGCCUGAACAAUUUGUAAAUACGUUUGUAAAUAUACGCGCCAAAACGAGUUUGCCAUUAGAUUAAAAAGACGAUCAGUUCCAUUGUUGGGAGGUCGCACGUUUUAACUGAUCACCAACGUCGUUAGUUAGUAAUCACGUGAUGAUGGACAUUUUUCGUCGCAUGACGUUCCCUAUGGGCGGCCUGAACCUCGAAUCAGAGAUGGUGAGACAGGAGCAGAUUUAUUGAUCCGAGUUCAACAGUUCAUGAAAAUCGUUUGUUUUCCAACUUCCACCCUUUUGAAGAAAACGAAAGCUUCAGAAUUUGUCAUCAGUCUAAGGAACUUCUUUCCUGUGUCUUCUUUUGCUGGGUUUCGUUAUCGGUAAAAAUUAAAUUUGGCGCCAUAUAGCUAUACUUGGCACAUGAGAGUUUUAAAGGCUUGAUUUUUAUAUAUAAUAGAUAUAAGUACGUAUAUUGUUCUUGUUUUUUAAUCACCUAUAUUUAUUUAUCUAUUUAUUUAUCUAUUUAUUUAUCUAUUUAUUUAUUUGUUUAUUUAUUUAUUUAUUUAUCUAUUUAUUUAUUUAUUUUCUUCUUGGUGUCUUUCGAGUAAAUUGCUCUUCAUAGAUCUAGGGAUUUUUUUCUAUGAAUUAUCAGCAAAAGUAGAAUUUGGUGUCAUAUAGUUAUAUUUGACUCGUGAAAGUUUUCAUCUUGCUUUAUGUUAUUAAUUUUGUUGUUUAAUUGUCUGUAUUUAUUUAUUUCUACAGAUUGAAAUAUGGAAAGUGGAAAUUCUACGUGGAUUAUAGAUUAUUGAAUUAUAAAUUAUUAGACUGCGGAUAUUUGUGUACCAAAGACAUAUCAAAAUAUACGAGCACGAUAUUGAAAAUAUAUUAUAAUGAUGGAA